GCCAUGGCUGCCGUGCUGCUGGUGGUACUAGUGUGAUUCUCCCUCCUCACCACAUACCAGCCAGAGAAACACACGUGCACCAAGCUUCUAGGGCUCGACGGGUCUGAGUAUAACUUAUUCUCACAUAGCCUGCUUACUCGAGCAUUGGUGUUCCAAACCCUUAUCAGGCAUUCAUACUGCCUCCUAGGAAAUCAGAAUUCAGGGCUUCGGGCCACUCCUCGCGCUUUCACAAAAACUCUGUUGAACGUGAAUAGUGUUCGCGGCUGAGGCUUGACUGCGGGAAGGGGGUGUUAGGGUUGACUUGCAUUAUCGCCUGUCUACGUGUUAGGUUAUACAUUACUGCCUGUCGAGUUGCCGUCAGUUCCGAUGGUUGGUUCUUCCUCGACUACCUCAGCUUCAGCUGCAGAGGCGAACGGCGCCGAGCAGCCUAAAAGCGACGACUUUGACCCCAGGGAGGUAUGCAUCGUGGGAGCAGCGCGCACGCCCAUGGGCAGCUUCAUGGGGUCACUCUCGUCGCUCUCCGCCACGCAGCUCGGCGCCAUCGCCAUCCGAGAGGCCGUGGGGAGGUCCGGCUUGGGCCCAGCUGACGUGGAGGAGGUGUACAUGGGCAACGUGCUCAGUGCGGACCUGGGGCAGGCGCCAGCCAGGCAGGCGGCACUUGGGGCAGGGCUACCUGACUCGGUGGUGGCGACCACAGUCAACAAAGUCUGUGCCUCGGGGAUGAAAGCCAUCUGCCUGGCGGCGCAGUCCAUACUGCUGGGGCUAGCUGACGUGGUGGUGGCAGGGGGCAUGGAGAGCAUGAGCAACGCGCCUUACUACCUCAACCAAGCCCGGAGUGGGUACCGCUUUGGGCACGGGGAGAUGGUGGACGGCGUGCAGAAGGACGGGCUGAGCGACGCGUACAGCAACGAGCCCAUGGGGUGCUUUGCGGAGGAGUGUGCGGUAGAGCAUGGGAUCGGCAGGGCGCAGCAGGACGCGCAUGCCACCUUGACUCAUGAGCGGGCGGCUGCUGCUCAUGCUGAUGGGGCGUUUGACUGGGAGAUAGUGCCUGUGGAGGUAAAGGCGUCCAAGGGCAAGCAAACGGUUCUCGUGGAGAGGGACGAAGCAUGCGCUAAGUUUGACGCCAACAAGCUUCGCCUGCUGCGGUCAUGCUUCCAGGAGAAUGGGACCGUCACAGCUGGCAACGCCUCUGCCAUCAGCGAUGGAGCAGCAGCUGUGGUGUUGGCCAGCCGGCAGGCAGCCAGGCAGCACGGGCUGAACGUGCUGGCAGUGGUGAGGGGCUUCGGGGAUGCGGAGCAGGCGCCCAGCCGCUUCACCACCGCUCCUGCUCUGGCUGUGCCGGUUGCUCUGAAGCACGCGGGGGUGGAGCAGUCGGAAGUCGAUUAUUGGGAGAUCAAUGAAGCUUUUUCGGUGGUCGCUCUGGCGAACCAAAAGCUUCUCAAUAUCCCUGAGGACCGGUUGAACGUGCACGGGGGGCGGUGGCGCUGGGGCAUCCCCUGGGGUGCAGCGGGGCGCGCAUCGUGGUGACGCUGCUGGGGGUGCUGAGGAAACACGAGGGCGCGCUGGGGGUGGCUGCGGUGUGCAACGGAGGGGGCGGGGCGUCAGCAGUGGUUGUGCAAGCCGAGUCGCUGGAUACUUCCACAUGUCAUGCUCACCUGUAACAUGACUUAUUGUGUUCACACGGUUACUGAUAGUUAUCUUAUACACAGACCUAUUGCGUUUCAUUGGCUUGGCAGGUCUUUGGGUGCAUCCAUGUGCGCACUUGUAACACUAUUUUGUUUCACAUACCGUAUCCACCCGGGGAUUAGACCCCGGUAUCAGAAUAACGCAAUAACUAGAAUGAGGCAUACAUGCAGGUUUUGUGCUACGGUGCUGUACUCUUUAUAAGCAUGCAUCUAUCUAGCCUAUAACAAUAUAUAAAUAUGUUGACACUGCCACACGUAUCUUAGUAA